AUGGCAGCCGAGCUGGAGCUUCCUCAGUCUCCCUGGGGAGUUCCGGAAUCCGGCUCCCGCCUACACGCUGCAGACAGAGGCUCCCCAGCCCGUGCUCCCCCCUCCUCCUCUCGGGCCCCGACACCCGCUCCCACCUUUGGGGGACGGGGGGGGGGGGAGUUUUCCCCUCCGCAGUCCCUACGACAGCGGUCCGCUCAGCCCCAGCGCCGCCUGGGCCUCCUACGGACGGCUUCCACCUUUGCGGCUGCCCCCCGCCAGGCUGGUGCGGGGCAGGAAUCUGGGACUCCAGGAUUCUGUCUGCUGGGGAGAGAGGAUGCUGCAGGGAGGUCUCUGUGGAGAGAUUCUGCUUCCAGGAGAGCAUCCACUCCCUGCCAUGAGCCAGGCCCGUCCGUGGUGCUGGGUCGCUGCCCUCACGGGGCUGGCGUUCUGGAGCGGGGAGGACCCGAUGCUGCUCAAGGCCUGUUGGAAGGGACGAGGCUCCAGGAAAAACAGAGCUGGUGCAGGAAUCGGGAGGGGCAGGGCUGUGGCCUCACGGAGAAAGUGAGUGGGCAGAGGGAGCACCGCAGACAUCUAGGGAAGGACAUUCCAGACAAGAAAACAGACAGCUGGAGCAAAGGGCCUGGGGCAGGAGCAGGCCUGGCACAUCCCGGGAACAGCACGGAGGCCAGGCUGAAGGUGGGGGAGCCCAGGGGAAGGGAACACAGAGAUGAGGAUGCAGCUGAGAGGCUGGACAAGCAGAGGACAGGGCCAAGGAUGGGCCUGGGGACCCUCCACUCCCCCGGACAGGAGCUGACCACUUGGCACACGCUCCCUUCCCGCCACUGGAGUUCCCAGAGGGGGAGGGCUGGGGACUUAGAGACAAUGCCAGGGACACAGGGACGGGGCCAGGCGGCUGGGGGACAGGGGGCUGGAUUUAUGGCCUCCUCUGACCCCGGCAGAGAAACCAGCCUUGUUGGGCAUGGCCGAGUCACCAGCGACCAGCCUGGGGGUGGGACGGCCAGGAUGAAAGGCCCAGGGAAAGGAUUAGCCGUGGCCCAAAAGGCCACGCAGGGCACCAUGGCAACCACAGGGCCACGGAGCCCCGGAGAAUGGAGCUUGUGUUAACACCUCCCCACAGACUCCUCAAUGGGACUGGGGGCUUGUUAACCAGCUUACCAGGCGGCCCAUUGACAUGGAAAUCCAGACCUGCCAUCAGUCAGCCCUGAAAAGGCCUGUCGGACCCUUAAAGGAGGCAGCCAGGGAGGAGGG